CAGGUACCGGGCCACACCCCAGCGGUGUUUGUGAAUUACCCGAACCCGUCUAAAUAGUCCGAAUAUACUUAAGACGAUAGGUACACCGCAGAGAUUCAGGACAAGCCACUUUUUUUUUGCAGUACGCUCUAUGUCAAAUGCGUCUGAUGAGUGGAAUAUAAUUCAGCGCGGAAAACACACGCGCUGCCUGCUUACUAUUGUCGAUAGCAGAUAUGUUUUAAAGACGCAGUAAUCGUCAAUCAGUGCUGAAUGAGACCGACACCCAUCGUGACACAGACCCGAGUGUUUCUCCUCCCGCCUCUAAUAGCAUCCUGCUGAUCCUGGCAGGGUCUCUCAAUGACAAUGUUCUUGGCAGGAGAAAGAGAGCAGAAGGUGUGCUCAGCUGUCGUCUGACAGUACUUGGCAACCUCUGUGUUGGCAUGUUUUAUUUGUGUGUGCGGAUCCUAAUGUAAGCCAUUAGUGCCUACCGCCAUUACGUCAUGGUUUCUAAAAGCAUUAAUGGUAAAGUUGUUCUCCUGUUAUCAUAAAAAUGCCACCUGGACCGUUAGAAGUAUUUAAAAAUGUUGUUCAAAGGCUACACAAAUUCAGUGUGUUCUCUGCCUGUUGAGAGAAUGGGUCUUAGCAGAUGCAUUUUGGUAGGGAACAAAGCAGGUCACUUCUAAAUGGGAUUGAAUCUGUAUGUAAUCCACCAUCUGUCGGGCAACGGGCAUCAUGCUGAGCCGUCCCGUCCCGUAUCGUCCUCCUCCUGCUACAGACCUGUGCUUCAGCAUGCUGCUGUAUUACAAAACACAGGUUAUUUCACAAAGAAUUGGACAGAAGAAUCAGCAUACAGAAAGCUCCAGCUGUGGCUCUGCUGCGUCUCAGCAGACUACUGAAGGUCUGGACGAUCUCAUUCGACCGAAGAAACUGUCCAACCCUGUUUCGGAGUCUUCUAGUCGUAGAAGUUUACAUCGUGAGCUGCUAGUCAGCCACAGAUGGGGUCUCCUGCCUGAGGAGAAGCCGGAGCUGAAGCGGGUGCUGGAACAGAGGAGACUGGAGCAGUGCAGAGAGAGAGAACAAGCCUUACAUCCACCGUCUGACCUCGAGCAAGAGCUGCACAAGAGACGCCAGAGACUCCUGGAGUAUGAACAGGAAGAGCUGAGACGCAGAGAGCACCUACAAAACAUGCCAGAGUUUGUUCGUGUGCGGGACAACCUGAGACACAUCACCAUCGCAGGCUACUGAACCAACAGAGGACAACAAAGAUCCAUUUUCUCGAGGAACUGGUUUUUUUAAUCACCAAUAUGAUUCAGUCAUUUUGCGUUUUUGCAUUUUGCUCUCUCAGCGCAACCAAAAUCUGAAAUGGCUAUCAUAGUGUACAAAUGACUUUUUUUAAAUCACAAUCCAGGGCCCAUUUAGAAAAUGCCACUCUUAACGUGGCUGAUCGAUCGCAGGAAGCCCCGCCUUCUGAAUAAAAUAGCCAAUCGCUGAUCUGUGAAGUCAGUGCAUCACUGCAUCUGCUGUUAAAAUUCCGGUUGCUGUAGAAACGGUCAUGCGAGACAUUUUUUGAGACAUGAGACGUGCACAUGCGCACUGGAUGAUCUUGUCUGAGAAAUAAGCUUUUUAUAGCUCUAUUUGAGCAAAAAAAAAAACUAUUAAAGUUGUUGUCAGAUUUCAUUGGUGUUUUGAAAUAUUAAUUUUAAUCAUAAGCUUAAUGAACAAUUUGGAAGAAUUUGACGUUUCCCAAUUCAAAGAGAUAGGAGCCACACUAAAGAUGGCCACCAAGUGACAUGACUUGUCUUAAAGAGACCUACCUAGGUGAAAAUCAACUGUUCACUGUCCAUUUAGAGUGUAGUGAUGCACAAAGUGCAUGUU